AUGGCUAGUGUGGAAGCGAUUGAAGAAUACUUGGAUGCUGUUGAAGAAUAUUUCUUCUCAUCUCUCUCUGUUGUUACUAAUGGCUUGCCCAACGUUCACGAGGCAGUCAAUCGUCUCUGGGUCGACAUCUCGCGUUAUGGUCCUGGCAUGCCUGCCUUUCCUGAUGUCCAUGUUCCUACUCUAGGAGACUUUCAAGUUCCCCCUCCUCCUCCACUCGUGCCAGAGCCUGUGCCUUCCUCUUGUAUUACUCGUUCAUUGGAAUGGGUCGGUAACCAUCCAUGGAAGGCGUCUGGCCUUGUUCUCGGCGUCCUAGGUGCUGGCUUUUUGGCUGGAUAUCACAGUACAGCAUCUACGAGGGUCGGACGUAGGUACAACCACAAAAAUGUCUCAACGUCGGAGCGGAAGCAGGUUGUCGUGAUUCUUGGCGGCGAUUCGCCCUAUGCCUUACCUCUUAUCCUCGAUCUUGAGCGGAAAGGCUUCAUAGUCAUUGCCAGUGUGGCCACCGUUGAAGGUGUCGAGACGCUUGAGCACCAAUGCAAGGGCUAUGUCAAGGCACUUGUGCUUGACCCUCACGAGCCAGAAAGCGUUCCAGUAUUUCUUCGCUCUCUUUCGUCUACCCUAUCCCGCCGGUUUCCCAUUACGUCUGCUGGGGACCCCUAUUCAUUACCCUCGACCCUCCCAUACAUUCACUCCGUCAUUUCUCUCCUCACGCUUUCCACCACCACACAACCUAUCCACGCUCCCUUUGAACACAUCUCAUUGCGUGAUGCUUAUCUGCCCUACCUCACCGCGACAAACAUCACUCCGUUGCAGACUAUCCAGGCCCUUCUGCCUCUCCUCCGCACAGUAUCGGCUCGCAGCCGUGACAAUGGCAAGAAAACGAUUAUUGUCUGCCUACCUACCAUCGAUGCACGUGUCGGGCUGCCAUUUGCUUCUGUUCAGGCCAUGAGUGCCGCCAGCACUUUGAGAGGAAUCGAAAUUCUCCGAAGAGAGAUCAGUAUUUCAGCAAUGACAGACAAAACCGAAUCUAUGAAGAACAUCAAAGUGGUUGUCGUUGACGUUGGCGCUUUCAAUAUUGGCACAUUCUCAAGUCCUCCAUCCCCAGAAGGCGUGUACAAAUCGAUGGAACACUGGACUGCUUCCGAAAAAAUAACUUACGGGCCUGCUUUUGCAUCUAUUUUGCAGGAGACGUCUCGUCCGAGGACACAGUGGGAGGUAGUAAAGUCUUCGUUCAAGAAUAGAAACCGAUAUGGCGUCCCGUUGCGUAAACCUGCGGACCUCUCCAUCUUUGUGUCCAGUAUCGUAGGAGUGGUAAGUGGUGGCCGUUUUGGCCCAACUUUAUUGGGCUUUGAGAUUGGACUCGGACGGGUGCGGAAUUGGAUUCGUGGCGAGAACUUCUCUGUUGGUGCAGGUGCAUAUACAUAUCGCAUGGCCUCCCAUCUGCCCUCUCUCCUCCUCGAUGGUCUUUUAAGCCUUCCACAUUUCCUCAUCUCAAUUCGAAACCGUCUUUUGCCUGCGCAACCCUUCCAACGGCCGACCGUUAAUACGUCGGUGCCUGAGGUUAAACCCCAGGACACGGGAGAUCCCCAUUUAUCUGACGAUAACGCUGAAUCUGCGAGUGUGUUUGAAACAAACUCAGAGCCCGACACUGAAGGGGACGAUGGUGGUGGAAGUUGGGUUAGUCUAAAAAAGGCACCAUCUGAAAAUUCAGUGAGCGUGGUGACCUGA